CCUCUGUGCCUGGCCCUUGCCCUGUCCCUCUCUAGCGUCACCCUUCCCCGUGCCACACAGGCCCUCUGUCUCCUACCGGGACCAUGCGCCUCUGGGGGCCUCGGAGCCUGGGGGUGGCUCUGGGAGUCUUCAUGACCAUCGUAUUUGCCCUCCAGCUCUGGGGGGGUCCCUUCCAGAGGAGGCUACCUGGGCUGCAACUCCGACAGUCCUGGGCCUCAACCCCUCAACCAGCUGUCCCAUCCUGCCUGCCAAGGCAGCGACUCGUGUUCCUGAAGACGCAUAAAUCCGGGAGCAGCUCUGUGCUCAGUCUACUUCACCGCUACGGGGACCGACACGGGCUGCGCUUCGCCCUCCCCGCCCGCUACCAGUUUGGCUACCCAAAGCUUUUCCAGGCCUCUCGGGUCAAAGGCUACCGCCCUCAGGGUGGAGGCACCCAGCCCCCCUUCCACAUCCUCUGUCAUCACAUGAGGUUCAACCUGAAAGAGGUACUUCAGGUCAUGCCUUCUGACAGCUUCUUCUUUUCCAUUGUCCGAGACCCAGCAGCUCUGGCCCGCUCUGCCUUCUCCUACUAUAAAUCCACAUCAUCGGCUUUCCGCAAAUCACCAUCCUUGGCUGCCUUCUUGGACAACCCCCGAGCCUUCUACCACCCCGGGGCCCGUGGAGACCACUAUGCACGCAACUUGCUAUGGUUUGACUUUGGCCUCCCCUUUCCCCCAGAGAUGAGGACCAAGAGAGGGAAUCCUCAUCCCCCCAGAGAUCCCAACCUGCCACACCUGCCUUCUGGUGUUGGCCGGCGAGCCCCCACCUUGGAUUCCAAUGCUCUCUUCCAUCCCAUUCCCACUGUUGCUGAUGGUCACAGCCAGACGUCCAGCUCUGCCUCUUUAGAUUUGGGGUCUUCAUCCUUCAUCCAGUGGAAUCUGGCCUGGCUGGACUCUGUCUUUGACCUGGUCUUGGUGGCCGAGUACUUUGACGAGUCAUUGGUCCUGCUAGCAGAUGCCCUGUGCUGGGGUCUAGAUGAUGUGGUGGGCUUCAUGCACAACGCUCAGGCUGGAGGUGGGCAGGGUGGAAGUGCUGUCGGCGAUGGUGGACUGACUGCUGAGGACAGGCAGCUGUCUGCACGGGCCCGAGCCUGGAACAACCUGGACUGGGCUCUCUAUGUUCACUUCAACCGCAGCCUGUGGGCCCGGAUAAAGCAAUACGGCCAGAGCCGGCUGGACAGUGCUGUGGCGGAGCUCCGGGCUCGCCGAGAGGCCCUGGCUAAACACUGUCUGGUGGGGGGUGAGGCUUUAGACCCCAAGUACAUCACGGACCGGCGGUUCCGCCCUUUCCAGUUUGGGUCAGGUAAGGUUUUGGGUUACGUGCUUCGGAGUGGCCUGAGCCUCCAAGACCAGGAGGAGUGUGAGCGCCUGGCUACCCCUGAGCUACAGUACAAGGACAAACUAGAUGCCAAGCAGUUCCCCCCAACAGUCUCUGUGCCCCUCAAGACUUCAAGGCUACCCUCCCCCUAGGCAUCAGACCACUAAGUCUUAGGCUGAAAAGCAGCUGAGCCACAGGGGCACAGUGAUGAGUGUGAGGCAGCCACAUGCCCUUUCUGCUUCCCCCAGAGACCAUGUCUGCUCCCCAAAGGAAAAGUGGAACUUGGCACGGAUGUGGGCCCCACGUCCUCCAGCCUGUGCCAAGGAAUCCUAGUCCUAGAAGCAUCCUCCCCCCAUCUUGCCCCUUUCCCUUUCCAGCACCUCGCGCCCCCCCCACCCAGGUCCAAACAGCACUCUCAAAGACCCCUGGAGGAGCAAACCAUGGAGUACGGAAGAGAUUGUUUGGGACACAAGGGAUAGGAAUAAUGCGUCCAUCUCUCUAUGAAAUAUUUGUUACUGGGCUAUACUCAUUUCACUAUGAAAUGUUUGUUGAAUGAAUAAAUAAUUUGAAACUUUGA